AUGAACGGCGUCACAGUUGGCAACGUUGUUGCUAGAGCUAUCCUGCUUAUAUCUUGCGCGGUCGUUCUUGGUUUGAGUGUCAGCCUCUACAUCGACGUCUCCGAUGCCAAGAAAGACUGCGAGGCAUACUACCGUGGUCGCUAUCGCUAUACCUGCUACACUGGUCGCCUACUUCCUUCCCUCGCCUAUGGAGCCGCCGCGGGUGCCUUCGGUCUUCUCGACUGUCUCGUCGGGCUGGUCGCCGCGUUCGUAACCGCGUUCCCUUGGAUCGCGAUGGUUGUUCUCGAUGGGCUCGCUGCUCUUCUCUUGCUGGGGCAUGGCAUUAAUUUCGCCGUGCUCUUGGGUACUCCGGACAAUGCUGCAGGCGCUSCCGUAACCAGAGCUCAGACGGACACGGCUUUUGCCUUCAUCGGCUUCAUCGCGGUCUGCGUCGCCCUCUUGAUGGUGAUACUGUCGAAGCGCAGCAGGUAG